AUGCGAAGAGGAAGUAUUCUCCUGUUAUUAUCCAGCGCGUCUAUAACUACCGCCUCAUCAACGCCUCGGGGUGUUUCACCAGAAGGUACUAAGGGCUUCCCAUCCCCAAACUCUCAAUUCAGGGGAGAGCGAGAUGAGGAGUGUGGGAAGGGAUAGCACUAAUUUAGAGAACAGAUGCAAAGCUCUAUGCCCCGUCCGCUGAAAAAACCUUCACCUGCCUCACAAACCCGCACGUUUCCAUCCCCUACAAGAGCGUGAACGACGACUACUGCGAUUGCCCCGACGGCAGCGACGAACCCGGAACCUCCGCGUGCUCCCACCUUCCCCACAAAUCCCUCGCGAUCCGCGGAUUCUACUGCAAGAAUGAAAAGCACACGCCGGCAUUCCUGCCGCUCGGGCGAGUAAACGACGGGAUCUGCGACUACGAGGUCUGCUGCGAUGGGUCGGAUGAAUGGGCUGGUGUGGGAGGAGUCAAGUGCGAGAACAAAUGUGGAGAGAUUGGGAAAGCUGCUAGGAAAUUGGCGGCUGAGAGGGAGAGGCUGAGGAAUGAAGGGGCGAGAAAGAAGAAGGAGUUGCUUGACGGGGCGAAGACUAUGAGGAUUGAGUUGGAGGAUAAUGUCAAGACUACUCGGGUAAAUAUUGAGGAGUUGGAGGAGAAGGUCAAGUGGCUGGAGGUUCAACUUAAGGAGACGGAGGAGAAGGAGAGGUUGAAGAUGGUUAAGCAGCCGAAGGAGGGAUCAAAUUUGGGUGUUUUGGUCUCUCUUGCUAGGGAGAGAAUGCAGGACCUUAGGACCUCUUUAGAGAAGAUUCGGGGUGAUAGAGACUCUGCUAGAAGUAAAUUGGAGAAGGCUGAGGGGAUCUUAAAGGCACUCAAGGAGGGGUAUAAUCCUAACUUUAAUGAUGAAGGGGUUAAGGUUGCUGUUAGAGCUUGGGAAGAGUACCUUGCCCAAGAGGAGGAGCAUUCAGAGAACAGGGCGGAGGAGCGAGAUCUCGAUAGCCUUCUUGGUGAAGACGAAAUUGACUGGGAAGGGUUCACUGAAGUCGACAAUAUUACCGAAUGUACCCCCCCUUUUCCCCUUCAAUUUCUCGCUACACACAUAUACUGAUUCACUGGUGGUAUAUGGAUUUAAAGCAUACGCACCAGAAGGCAUAAGCACCUGGGUCCAUAGUAAGUUCACAGGCUUCAGACAAAUGCUUGUAGAGAACGGCCUCUUAGCCGCCAGAUCCGACGAUGGCAUACCGGAGUCCAGAGGUAGGUUCUCCCCCUUCCGUUUGGUCGUCGAUCAUAUCUGACCUCUUUCCCCGCAAGCCCUGGCCUCGGCCCGCCAAGCCCUCCAAACCGGCAAAACCGAAGAGUCAGACGCAAAAUCCCGCCUAGAAACCCUUCUCUCAGACCUCACCUACUCCUAUGGCGAAGACGACGUCUUCCGCCCCCUAAAGGGCGAAUGUAUAUCCUCCCAAUUCGGGGAAUACACCUACGAAUACUGCUUCCUUGGAACCGCCUAUCAAAAGAGCCUAAAGGACUCCUCUUCCGUCUCCCUAGGUGAGUAUUCCCGAAUCGAAGUGGACAAGUCCGUCAACGAUGCCUCCACCCGCGGCAUCUUCGAGAGCGGGUGGGAGGAAGCGCACGAUGAGGGGCUUAGUGGGGUUAGCCUUAUUCACGAGAAUGGGCAGCAGUGCUGGAAUGGACCAAGGAGGAGUGUCAAGGUGGAUCUAUAUUGCAGCGCCGUUGACGAGCUCAGGAGUGUUAAGGAGGAGGAGAAGUGCGUUUAUCGGUUUGAGGUUGGGACCGCGGCGGUUUGUGGGGGGGAGAAUGUUGGGGAGAAUGUUAGGGAUGAGUUGUAGACUUUUUUGGCCUCUAUUUUCCCCCUCUUCUCUUGCUAGUUCUGGGGGGGUUUUUUUUUUCUUUUUUUUUUUGCUAGCUUACUGCGUUCGUACUUGCUGUAAGUGCCUAGCGGUCCAUUGAUAGGUAGGAAGGGAGGAAGGUAAAAUGUUAUACUGUAUUUUACGUUCUCUUUAUUUAUGAUACUCUUUUUAUUCAGUAUCUUAUUAGCGA